AGAGAGAGAGAGAGAGAGAGAGAAGGGAAAGAAGCUUGGCUCUCAGUGUUUCUCUGGCGGGCUGUGAUGCAGCAGAGGUUUUUCAUGUUAGGGAAGCUUCAGUCUGGGGUCUAUUCUCUGGUAGUGGAGACAUCCAUAGUAUAGCCAGUGAAAAUUAGAGGAUACAAAUAAUUUGUGAAUGCUGUGAUUCUUCCAUUGCAUUCAUUCUGUACUGCGUUCGGCAGCUCAGAAGAUACAAGGACAGCUUGCUUUUGGACCCUUUCCUGAACUGGACUAGGGAGAGAGAGAAAGAGUAUGAGAGAGAGAGAGAAUUGUUGUAUAUGAUAUUAGACUGUACUUCUGUGUCAUAAAGUUUCUCCAUGUCAUAUUGGUGACAUCAAAGCAGGCAGCCAAGACAGCGUUCUGUACCGUGACAUUCUCAGUGUGGACAAACAGGAGUGUGAGCGAAGAUACUAAAGUUUGUCUUGAGAGGAGGAGAGUGGAAGGCUACUACAGGAUGAUUCUGGGCAGUAUAAACCGACCGGGGGCGGUCCCUGCCUUCCUAAGGACCCCCACCAUGAUCCCAUCCCCCCUGGACAUGAAGCCCUUCCUACAGUUCCCCCUGGAUACGCCCCACCCUGCAAGUGUCAACCUCUUCCACAACUUCAACACUAUGGACCCGGUUCAAAAGGCUGUGAUGAGCCAUACCUUUGGCCCGCCUUUGAUCAAGACCAAGCGGCCAAUCAUCUCCUGCAAUGUCUGCCAAAUACGCUUCAACUCAGAGAGCCAGGCAGAGGCCCACUAUAAGGGUAAUCGCCAUGCCCGAAGAGUGAAGGGCAUUGAGACUUCCAAAACUCGUCCCCAGGAAGGGGACAAGCAGCCCCCUCCCCCGAAUACCUCUCCCUCUCCCCCCAGACCGUCACCCUCAAGCCCAGAGCCUGACCCUAGCAGCAAGCAGGAUGAUGUCCUGUCCCGCCCCAAUUCAAAUGGGUCACCCAUGACUCCAGGCCCACUCCCCACCUCCCAGGCCCCAGCCACCCCUGCAGAGACCCCCUUGCUCCCCGUCAGAUCCCCCCAGCUGCAGGGUAGUACCCCGAUGUCAUGCACCCCAUCUCCGGGUGCCAGUGCUUUCUCUAUGGACCCAGCUGGGACAGGCAGCCUGGACACGCCCUCCCCAGCCCCCAGCCCCUCAGGGGAGUCUGAAGAGGACAAAGCCAAGAAGCUGCUCUUCUGCUCCCUGUGUAAAGUAGCAGUCAACUCCCUGUCUCAGUUGGAGGCACACAACAAAGGAACCAAACACAAAACCAUCCUGGAGGCCAGGAGUGGGCUGGGUCCCAUCAAGGCGUAUCCCCGACUAGGUCUCAAACUCAGCCCGGAGCAGGGAGGGGGUCUCCCCACAGACCCCAACACUCAGGAACGUACCUUCCACUGUGAGAUCUGCAACGUGAGGGUCAACUCUGAGCUCCAGCUCAAGCAGCAUAUCUCCAGCCGACGGCAUCGGGAUGGAGUGGCAGGAAAGCCCAAUCCUCUCCUCAGUCGGCACAAGAAGCGUACAGACUUUGUGUCUUCCUUAGCUUUUUCAAAGGACCUUCCAAAAGCUCUGGGUGCAGGACUGUUGCCUAAUCCUCUGGCUGUUGCCGCAGCAAUGGCAGCUGUGGCCUCCUCCAAUCAGCUGGCUUUACGUGCCCCCGUUCCUGCCCCUCAUCAUCACCCCCAUCAUCACCUCCUACAGGGAACACACCUGAGCCUGCUAAGGCCCGCCCCUGGGCCCAUGCGCACCACCCACGGGCCAAUUCUCUUCACCCCUUACUGAUGGUAGAGGGACCGGGACCAGUCAGGAAGAAGCACACUGUGAAGUAAACAGGAAAACACAUUGAUAAUCAAAACAUUUACUGCAAACAAAAAUAAUUUAUGGGGUAAAAGACCCCUUCCUCUUUUUCAAUUCCGGAUCAUCCUUUCACCAUUUAACACAUCGGAAACAUUGAUUGACUCAAAAUCUUGGAUUUUCUGCUGCUGAAGAGGAAGGAGAUUGCGUUAAUGGUGGACUUUCUGUGAUCCUCUUCCCAUCUGGGGAUGACUCUCAGACCAUGUGUGUACUGUAGCAACCACAUUGAUCAGAUGUCUAACUAAAGCAUUUUACCAUCUUGUUCAUGUCUUUAGUCAUGGUAGAGGGCUCAGACAAAAACCAGCAUUCAAUCCACAGUGACAAACACAUACAGUAGUUGGGAUUGUAAAAGUAGCUCAGUUAGUUGAACCUUCGUACCACAUGGCAAAGUUAAAUCCCAUUAGAGUUUGACCCUAUGUGCGUGGCAAAAUCCAAUAUAUACACUGUUGUUGCAGGUCCUAGAUUAGCUGUAUGUUCUACAGAUUCAGGCACAAGGUACUCUGUGCUUUUUGUUCCCAGGUCCUUAGUAUCUGUAGUAUUGUGGAUGAUAGAUGUUAGUCUAUAUUCCCCUCUAUGAAGGAAAAGAGGGACAAACAUUUUUAUUAAAGGAGCGAGCAAAAAUAGUCUCAAAAACUGCAACUGAAGGUGAAUGCACUAAGGUCUGAUGUCAUUGGCUGAGGUGUCCCUGUUUUGAGGAGUCUUUUUGUUUCUUUCAGCAUUCCUCAAGUAUCAUGCUAUCUAGCUAGUAUGAAUAGCUACCGAUUAUAUGCUUUGUGUCAUUUUGAUGUUCACAAGACAGACAAAGCACACAGAAGUACAACAAGACUUCAACUGAAAAAUCUACUUGACAUCUUCCUAAAUAUUGAUGGUCAACCCUCUUUCUUUCAGUUUUUCUCAUCUCUGAGGUAUCAUACCAAACAACUUUUCAGGUUUCACUGUAAAAUCCAAACCAGAGGGAUCCUUUUGUCUUAAAAUAUUAUUUGUACACUGUGAAAUAUUAUUUCGUUUUGAGUGGGUGACUUAAAGGAAGCAGUUGUUGAGUUGAAUUAACAAAUAUACAUUUUUACUAAUUGACCUCAUGAGCCUGUGGAUGGGGGGGUCAGGGUUCAAAUCAGAUCCCCAAGGUGGUUGUUGGGGUGGUGGAUGACACAAAUUGCACAGGGUUUCCCAUACCUAAUGGGUGGUCCAGGACCUCCCUACCAGCUCAGUUUGAAACUGUGCUGGAAACGAAAAACUCAAUGAGAGGGGAAGUUGUAUAGAUGUGUAUAAAAGAAUAAUGCAGAAGUUAUGAUAGCGAGAAUGACCAGAUAUCUGAAGCUGUCUUUCUGUCAUGAAAGUCACAUGCAAUAUUAUGAUGAUCAUUGUCACUGAAUCAUAUAGAAAACCAUUACAUUUCCAUUCAUCGUGGUUUAUAACUGGUUCUGUUGACUUUGUCUGAGCUCUGGAUGAAGCCUGCUAUCAUUAAACUGUUAUGUCAUGUAUCAAAAGGGUAUUGUGGGGGAUUUUAGCAAUACUCAUAGCACUCCUGCUAUCUAGUCCUUGCAAUAAAGAGCUGAAUUAUAUGUCUAUAAAUGUAUUAAAUGUUAUUUAGAAGAACUGUGUUGAAUCAUUAUUGUAAAUAUAGAUUGUUAUAGCAAUGUGAGAAAAAACAGGA